GACCAUAACUUAUCUUGCCGUGUUUAAGUCUCUUUUAAAUGUAUGCUUGUUUUAAUAUCUUGUGCUACGUUUUUAUAAUCACCAAAAACAGAAAACAAAAACAAAAACAAUGUCUACUGUUCUAUAUAUCUUUGCGUUUCUGCUUCUUCCCGCUCUUUUCACGUUAAUAUUCGUGAAGAGAACCAAAGACUCGACACAAAAUCUUCCUCCUAGCCCACCUCAGCUUCCUAUCAUCGGCAACCUACACCAGCUUCAAGGAUUGUUUCACAGAUGUCUUCAUGAUCUCUCCAAGAAACAUGGACCCGUGUUGCUUCUUCAUCUUGGCUCUCUCAAGAUAGUUGUAAUCUCAUCGAGCGAAGCAGCUGAAGAAGCUCUCAAAACACAUGAUCUUGAGUGUUGCACAAGACCGAAGACUCACGCCACAUCGACGUUCUCGCGUAACGGUAGAGACAUUUGCUUUGCGCCAUAUGGUGAGGUUUGGAGACAGUUACGCAAGCUUUCUGUUCUAAACUUUUUCAGCGCGAAGAAGGUUCGAUCUUUUAGGUACAUCAGAGAGGAAGAGAAUGACUUGUUGGUCACGAAACUGAAGGAGUUAGCUCAAAAGAAGUCUCCAGUGGAUUUGAGCCAAGAAAUUUACUGUGUAGCUGGAAGUAUCAUAUUCAGAUCUGCCUUUGCACAGCGUUUCUACGAGAACAAGCAUGUUGAUAAGGAAAAGAUCAAAGAGUUCAUGUUUGAGCUCCAGAAACUUGGGUCUAUUAGUAGCUCAGAUCUUUUCCCUGGUGGUUUGGGAUGGUUUAUGGACUUUAUGUCAGGGAGACAUAGGAGACUUCACAAACUUUUUGGUGAGGUUGAUACUUUUCUGAAUCAUAUAAUUGAUGAUCACUUGAAGAACCCUGAAGAAAAAACAAAUCAAGAUCGCCCUGAUAUAGUUGACUCGCUCUUAAAUACUAUGCUUAAAGAAGAACAAGAUGAAUCUUUCAAGCUCACCAUUGAUCAUCUUAAAGGAAUCAUCCAAAAUAUAUAUCUUGCUGGAGUAGACACAAGUGCCAUCACCAUGAUUUGGGCAAUGGCAGAGCUCGUUAGAAACCCACGAGUGAUGAAAAAAGCUCAAGAAGAGAUCCGAACAUGCAUCAGAGUCAAACAAAAUGAGAAAAUCGAUGAAGAAGAUGUCGAUAAGCUUCAGUACUUGAAGCUUGUGAUCAAAGAAACGCUAAGACUGCACCCAGCAGCUCCUCUGUUACUCCCAAGAGAAACAAUGAGCCAAAUCAAGAUUCAAGGCUACAACAUUCCUCCAAAAACCUUUCUAGUGGUUAACACUUGGUCGAUAGGACGAGAUCCUAAACACUGGGAAGAUCCAGAAGAGUUUAUCCCUGAGAGGUUUAUAGAUUCUCCUGCGGAUUAUAAAGGACAAAGCUUUGAGAUGUUACCAUUUGGUUCUGGACGGAGGAUGUGCCCUGGAAUGGCUUCAGCGAUUGCUACCAUUGAGUUGGGACUCUUGAAUUUGCUUUACUACUUUGAUUGGGAAUUGCCUGAGGAGGGGACAGUUGUGGACAUGGAAGAAGAUGGUAAUAUUACCGUUGUUAAGAAAGUUCCUCUUGAGCUUCUUCCAAUUCUUCAUCACUAAAUGAUGGCUCAACUUUGAAGUAUACAAAAAAAUGGAACAUUAUACCUUUUCAACAGUGGAUAGAGUCAAAGAGAGUAUUGAUUUGUAUCAUAUAGUAUAUGUUUUCUUAUUAGAGAUAUGUUGGACCGAAAGAUAUGUAUCUUACGGAUUUAGACCGUGAA